UGGGAGGCGGGAAGACAAAGCCUUCUCCAGCCUGCCGCUGAUUAGUCGAUGCUGAUCAUGUACCAAACGGCCAUUGGUUUCUACGCCAGUGGACUAGCGCAGUUCUCUCUGGGAGUCGUAGUCCUCUAUUGUUGUCCACGCUGCAAAAUGAAGUUACGAAUGGGUGGGUACUUGGUAUUUUGCUUUUUGUGGUUUUCUUAUUUUUUUUUAAUGAAAAAUGACCUUGCACAAGAUUCUUUCUAUGUCAGAGGUUUUUGUGAGGUUUUUUUGUUUGUGAAAAAAUGAAAUCGUUCUUGGUAUGUGGGAAUCUGGGGUUCCAGGAGCUAGGAGGUGGGGUAGGCACGCCCUGAAAGCUGCCCACUGCGGUAGCUCUCGGGGAGACAGGACUGCUUAGCUCAGCGAAAACUGGAAGAACUGUGGUACCCUCUUCUGCUACAUACAUCUAGUCCUUUGGUGACCUUAGUCAUAAACUUCAGUAAAAACCCCGUUCCCCCAGACACCUCAGAGGAAUAAGGAAGGGAUUAUCCUCCUCUUUCUUUGGGACUUUUGAGUAAGAAGGCAAAGCUUGGUUAAGGAUGGAGAGUGCAAAUGAUCCCAUAACCAUCCUUCUUAAUUAAUCUUAAAAAAGAAACAAAAUUGUAGCAAGAGCUUUUCAAAAUAGAGAGGUUGUCUGGAAGGAAUGUUGAAAGAAUAAAUUGAAUAGUUUAGUGAAGCUGAGAUCUGGGAUUUGUGGAGCUAGAAGUCUCUCUUGGUCCAUGAGGGGAUCAGGGCUUUAAGGUAGAGUUUGAGGACACCUCGGUCAUCUUGUCAAAGGGAACUAUGGGGUGAGGUUCCUGAUAGAAUUUCAGUGUCUUCCCAGCCUGCCUUUAUUAGACUCUGAGAUGAAGUCAGUAAUUUUUCAGUUUUCUAAUUUCAGUGACUAGGUGUGGCUAUCGCAAAGCCUCAGGAUUUAAAAGGUGGGGAGGAGGGAAAAUGGGAUGGGCUCAAGUAUGAACCUCUCAGCUUCUUCCAAGUGAGUCAUUCAUUUGAUAGAUACCAAGUAUCCACCAAAGCAGGAUACUAUGGAUACAAAAAUGUUUAAGGAUUAGUUUUUUUUUUAAUAUUUAUUUUUUAGUUCUCUGCGGACACAACAUCUUUGUAUGUGGUGCUGAGGAUCGAACCCGGGCCGCAUGCAUGCCAGGCGACUGCGCUACCGCUUGAGCCACAUCCCCAGCCCCGAAGGAUUAGUUCUUUGACCCACAGAAUCUUGAGAAGUGUAUUAACAAGAAGGUGGUGUAACAGUAAUGUGGUAUCAAGAUCAUUAAUUGGGGGGAGGGGGCUGAGGUUAUGGCUCAGGCUCAGUGGUAGCCUAGUAUGCAUGAGGCACUGGGUUCCAUCCCCAGCACUACAUAAAUAUAAAAAAAUAAAGGCAUUAUGUCCACCUAAAAGUAACAAAUAAAUGAAUAAGAUCAUUCAUUCACAUUUGACCAAUACACAGAUCAAUACCCUUUUCUAAGUCACUUAAUAAAUAAAGGAACAUUAAAUUAUAUAAGGCCCCUCUACUCUUUUAAAACAUAAUGUUUUAAAUGUCUAGGGUGUGCUUGCAAUGAAAGCAGUUUACAGCGUUAGAGGAAAGAUAUUCAGAAUUCAAAAUUAUAGAGAAUUUGAUUCAAUUAGUCUUAAGGAACCUAAGCACGUUAUUUAACUUCAUAGAGCUUCAAUGCUUCGUUUAUGAAGUCAAUUUUAGUAUAUUUGUUAUAGACACAGUUAAGAUACAGAUCUUACUAGAUUAUGCACGUGUCAAAUUCUCACUAUUCUCUUCAUGUCUUAUGAAAUGAAGUAAAUGAUUUUUUCAUUCUUUCCUCGAAUCUUGAAAGGGAAGCACAGACUUUUUAAGAUGUUAACAAAACAGCAUUCUCUGUUUGCCUAGAAACGUUUGCUUUAGAUUCUUCCAUUUAGGAAAAUGAUCUCAAAAUGUCCGUCAGGGAUAUAUUCCCAUGAACAAAUGGCAUGACUUCUACUAAACAAAUUAAAAGGAAAUUAAAUUCCGCUGCCAUGAGGAGUCCUCAAGCGCCACGCCUACGGGCUAUUCUCCAAACUGCAGCCUCGAGCCACGACUGCAACCGCAGCCCAUUUUCAUUUCUCAUGAGUCAGCGGACUCCAUGUCUGGGAGGACCGCGGAAGGGCGCUCUGGAUGCAGGAUUCGGUAGACGUCUAUGGUAGAGCCCUUCUAUCUGCUGCCAGCACUCUCUGGCGCCAGACUCUCUGGUCGCGGUUUGGAAAUCUGCGCGGGAAAUGGGUGGUAAUGGGUUUUCCCUUGGAGCUGCCCAAUCGUGGUGCGUUAUUCCGUAAACUCCUGGCCGCCUCGGAUUAUAUUCUACUUUAACUACCAGUCCCCUGCGAGCAGCCUCCCGUUUGAGCCGUGAGGGGGCGGGGAAAGGGCGGACCUUCGAAAGUGCCUGUGCUCCGGGAGCUUCAUCAAUCAGCGCACUGCAGCAUGUGAAAGACAGCUACAGGAGCCAAUCAGCGAUUCAAGUUCCUUCCGGACACGCACUCGCGCCACCCAGGUCACGGCCGUUACUGGUGGCGCGCGCGGCGACUCAAAGUAGACCAUGGAAGACACCCAGGCCGUUGACUGGGAUGUUGAAGAAGAGGAAGAGACAGAGCAAUCUAAUGAAUCCUCAGGAUAUAUCUUGGAGCCUAUAGGACGACUGCAUAUCUUCAGUGGUGCCCACGGACCAGAAAAAGAUUUUCCACUAUUCCUCGGGAAGAAUGUGAUAGGCCGACUGCCUGACUGCUCUGUGACCCUGCCCUUUCCAUCCAUCUCCAAACAACAUGCAGUGAUUGAAAUCUCAGCUUGGAACAAGGCACCUGUCCUCCAGGAUUGUGGGAGCCUUAAUGGUACUCAAAUCUUGAGGCCUCCUAAGGUCCUGAGCCCUGGUUUGAGUCACCGUCUCAGGGAUCAGGAAUUGAUUCUCUUUGCUGAUUUACCCUGCCAGUACCAUCGCCUGGAUGUCCGCCCACCCUAUGUUUCCCGGGGUCCCCUAACUGUAGAGGCGACCCCCAAAGUACAGGAAGAACCUCAGCCCUCCAGACUUCCCUUGGCUGAGGACUCAGAGGAGGAAGAAGAUUUCUCAAAAGGGUGUGUGGUGAAAGAAUCAAGGACCACAUCCUCCUCUUUGGCAACAGUAGUUCCAGAAAGUGAUGAAGAAGGACCUUCCCUGGCCCCAGGUGACUCUUUUGCCUUCAACUUGGACAGUGACACAGAUGAAGAAGAAGGUCAGCAACCAGCAGCCAGGGAGGCCUCUUCAGCUGCUAGAAAAUGUGCUGCAGCAGAGGCAGAGCAGCCUGAAGCCAGUGGAAUUACAACUGAUAUGUGGCUAGGAAAAGUUCAGCCUCCAGGAGAGAUCGAUAAGGACACAAAAGUCAAAAGGGAUACAGGGAAUAGGGUGGUACCAGUUGGGCUGAUUUUGGAAAGAAGUCAGCUUCCUGAGGACAGCAGUGACACAGAUGUGGAUGAAGAGAACCGGCCUCCUGGAAAGACAGCUGAGGCCCACUUGGAAAGGGUCCAGCCUUCUGGCUUCUUGGAUAGUGAUACUGAUGUGGAAGAAGAGGGGAUCCCUGCAACCCCAGCUGUAGUGCCUAUGAAGAAGAGGCAAGUCUUUCAUGGAGUUGGUACAAGAAGUCCUGCAACACUUGGAUCGGCACAUCUUCAGGAGAGCCCAGCUGGUAGUGAUACAGACAUGGAGGAGGGUGAGGCCCCAUUGGCUAUCCCUCUGGAAAGAAGCCAAACCUCUAUGGUGAUUGAUAGUGAUACAGAUGAUGAAGAAGAAGUCUCAGCAGCACUCACUUUAGCACGUCUGAAAGAGAGCGGAGCUGUUUUAUGGAACAGAAAUGCUGAUAUUGAAAAGGACAGAGUCCAACCUGUGCUCCUUCAGAAGAAAAGCCUAACCACCUCUGAGAGAGAUAGUGACACUGACAUGGAGGAGGGGCUCCCAGUUGAAAAGAGAGAAACUGUCCUCAAUGGUCAUACAGACAAGGAAGAAACCCUUGUUAUAGCAAAUUCAGAAAAUGGACAAACUCCCCUUAGAGACAAUGAUGUAGGUGAGGAAGCAGAUAUGAGUUCGCCAGGGGUCCUUCUGGAGAGAAGCCAAGCUGCCUCCACCACAGGGAACAUCAACAUAGAAGUGAAACAGGAAGUUCCAUCAGGGCCAGCUGUUAUAUGUUGGGGAAAGCAUCAAGUGCUUGUGAAGGGGACAAAUCAAACAGAUAAGGAAGCGAAGCAGGAAUCAGCAAAACUGCCCAUAAUGCCUCUAGAGGCAGUCCAGUCUUCUGAUGAGGAUGGUGAAACAGAUAUGGAGGUGGGCAUGUCUUCAGAAGUGGCAGAUGUAAGAAAGAGCCAGCUUCUGGGAGAAGGGGAUGCUGAGACAGAGAGGGCUACAGCUGUACUUGAGUCAGAGGGCACUCCCAAGGUGGGGGCCUAUGGUGGAUCACAAGUACAGCAGAUGGUGGUGCACACAGGUGCUUCAGGGGAACCCCUUCAACCACAGACAGAGGGAUAUCCCCUUACAGGAAAGGAGAAAAAACCGCAUAUGAGUGAGGCCAAGGACUCCAAAGACAGCCAUGAUGAUUCUGAAGAUCUGGACCUUCAAGCUACCCAGUGCUUUGUGGAGAGGGAGAGUCAGAAUCUGGACGGUGCUUUGGAUGAACCGUGGGAAGUCUUGGCUACACAGCCAUUCUGUCCGAGAGAGUCUGAGGCCACUGAACCUCAGCUCAUAGCCACCCACCUUGAGGCUAAUGGAUCUUGCCUGUCUCCACCUAGGGCAACACCACAAGACCAGCAUCCAGAGAGCCCAGUUCACACAGAGCCGUUGGGGAUUCAAGGCAGAGAGAUACAGACUGUGGAGAAAGACAUGGGUACACGAAAAGAAACAGAGAGGGUGACCCCUGAGAAAGGGCCACUGGAGAGGGAAAUCAGGGAAGGGCCACCAGAAGGAGAGAGAAAAGAUGUGAUGGAGGAGGAGGAAAAAACUAGAGGGAUACAGGACAGAGAGCAAAAACAGGCAUUAGCUGAAGACACUCAAGAGUCUGGCAAAAAGGCGAAAAGCAAGAGUCCUGAAAGGUAUAGGGAGAACUCGAAGGUAGAAAUGGAGAUAUCUGAGGAAACAGAAGAGACAGAGAUAGAGAAGCAGACCCUCACAAGAGAAGUAUUUGAGAAAGUAGUAGAAAAACCAGUUCCAGAGAGAAUGUGUAAAGCCGCUGAGUUAGAAGUGAACUUGGAGAGAGGGGAGACAGAGGGAGGAAACCAAGACCAGAAAGGACAGGCUACUAGUCCAACACCAGAGCCUGGAGUCAGGGCAGAGGAACUUCAGGGACUUGCUUCAGCCCCUGUAGUUUCUGGGAACCAGUCAGGUGGAGGAAGGGGAGCCCCGGUGAGCCCCACGAGGCAGCAGAGAGGCCACUUGAAUUACAAGAUGCUACCUGCUGAGACAACUUCCAUGGGUGAUCCAGAAUCCCCAGAUGCUUGCCUGCCUGCUACAAUGCCUGAAGCCUUAGCCCUACCCCUCAACUCCUUUAGCUCUCAGAGCCAAAAACAUCCUGAACUUCAGUCCCUUCUUUCUCCUCUUUCAUCUUCUGAGCUACCCAUUCCUAGGACCAGGUACAAAAGGAGUCAGGAAACUCCAGAGCCUCCCCAGUCUUCAGAGCUGGAACCUUUCCCCCAAAAACCCAGUGUUAGGCCCCGUCGCUCCUCCAGGAUGACACCCUCUCCACUUUCCUCCGCUGCCCUUGAACUCUCCUCUAUUGCCCCCACAGCCCAGCCUGCUGCCCCUAAGUCCACAUCUCGUGCAACUAAGGGAAGGACACACAAGUCCUCUGACAAGACCCCCGAACUUCAGCCUUUCUCUCCCACAGAGCAGCCCAUUACCCCCACACCUACAUCUCGAGUCCCUCGGGUCAAGACAAAUAGGUCCUCUGUCAAGAUCCCUGAAUCAAUUGUCCACACAGCCCCUGAACUCCAGCCUUCCACCUCCACAGACCAGCCAGACACUCCUAAGCUCACAUCCCGAGUUACUCGGGGCAGGACACUUAGGUCCUCUGUCAACACACCUGAACCAGUAUUGCCUAUAGCCCCUGAACUUCAGUCUUUUGCUUCCACAGACCAGCCUGUCAUUCCCAAACCCACAUCCCGAGUCACUCGGGGAAGGACAUGUAGGUCCUCUGUCAAGACUCCUGAACCAGUUUUCUCUGUCACCCCUGAACUCCAGACUUCCACUCCCACAGAACAGCUCUUAACCUCUAAACCCACAUUUGUAGACUCUCAGGGCAGGACACAUAGGUCCUCUGUCAACACACCUGAACCAAUUUUACCCACAGACUCUGAGCUCCAGCCUUCCACCUCCUCAGACCAGCCUGUCACCCCCCAGCCCCCAUCCCGAGUCACUCGGGGCAGGACACACAGAACUUCUGUCAAGACCCCUGAACCAAUCUUACUCACAGGCCCCAAAGUCCAGCCUUCUACCUCCACAGACCACCAGCCUGUUGCCCCCCAGCUCACAUCCAGAGUCACUCGGGGCAGGACACUUAGGUCCUCUGUCAAGACCCCUGAAACAAUUGUACCUACAGCCCCUGAGCUCCAGCCUUCCACCUCUGCAGAGCAACCUGUCACCCCUAAAUCCACAUCUUGGCCCACUCGGGGUAGGACACAUAGGUCUUCUGUCAAGACCCCUGAAGUAGUUGUCACCACAGCCCCUGAACUCCAGCCUUCCACCUCCAUAAACCAUCCUAUCACCCACAAGCCCACAUCUAGAAUCAGUCGGGGCAGAAUACAUAAGUCUGUUGAAACUCCUGAACCAGUUGAACCAUCAGCCUCUGAUCUUGAGCUUCCCAACUCCACAGACCAGCCUGUCGCUUCUAAGGCAGUAUGUCAGAGUGGAGCACUAGAGUCUUUAACACUAAGUGCUGCCACACUUCCUGUCACUCCUGAAUUCCAUCCUUCUGUUACCACAGACCAGCCUGUUCCCUUUGAGCCCACUCAAACCAGUUGUACCAGGAGACAGAGAGCUGCUGGGAAGCAUGGCUCCCUUACAGCUCUCAUUGUCCACAAACCUAGCUCUGCACCCCCUGAACCUAAAUGCCGAUCCUCAAGGAACCAAAGACCAAGGGCACAGAGAGCAGCUGAAUGCCUUGGGACCAUUCCUGAGCCUUCCUUUCCCCAGCUUCCUGAGGCACCCAUUCAUGCUUCCCAGAUCCAAAAGGUGGAAGCAGCAGGUACAUCUGGGUUCAUCCCAGAGCCCCCACCUAAGGCCUCUCGAAGCCGUAAGAGACCUUCCACUACCAUAGAUUCACCCCCUCUUCAAAAACGUCCCCAAAGAGGGGAUGUCUCCCAGGAGACAAUGUUCCCCAAGGAGGAGGAAGAAGAUCCUGAGGAGAUGCCAGUGAAGGAAGAGGACAUAGUGAUUCCAGACAAGAGAAGGAGAGACCAGACAGAGGAGGAGCCCAAGGGAAUACCAAGCCGAAGCCUUCGACGGACCAAAUCUAACCAAGAAUCAGCAGCCCCUAAAGUUCUCUUCACAGGAGUUGUGGAUGCUCGUGGGGAGCGGACAGUGCUGGCAUUGGGGGGGAGUCUGGCCAGCUCGGUGGCAGAGGCCUCCCACUUGGUUACUGAUCGAAUCCGCCGGACAGUCAAGUUCCUGUGUGCUCUAGGGAAGGGAAUCCCCAUCCUGUCCCUGGACUGGCUACAUCAGUCCCGCAAGGCUGGUUGCUUCUUGCCUCCAGAUCAAUAUGUGGUGUCUGAUCCUGAGCAAGAGAAGAAUUUUGGCUUCAAUCUUCGGGAUGCCCUGCACCGGUCUCGGGAGCGAAGGCUACUGGAGGGCUAUGAAAUUCACGUGACCCCUGGAGUCCAGCCACCACCAUCUCAGAUGGGAGAGAUCAUCAGCUGCUGUGGAGGCAUUGUCCUAUCCAGCAUGCCCCGGACCUAUAAGCCUCAAAGAGUUGUGAUCACAUGCCCCCAGGACUUCCCACGAUGCUCCAUUCCAUCUCGGGUUGGGCUGCCCCUCCUCUCUCCUGAGUUUCUACUGACAGGAGUGCUGAAGCAGGAAGCCAAGCCAGAGGCCUUUGUCCUCUCCACUUUGGAAAUGCGUUCCACCUGAAAAUUCCAGCACCCUUUUCCCUACUAGACAGUAAAGUUUUCUAGAAAACAAUUGGGGAAAAAAAAAACUUAGGACUUUAGAAAACACUGGGGUGUAUUGAUAUGACUUAUGAUGGAAAUGUUUGGGACCAGAAGGUUUAUGGGAAAACGGGGAGAUUUGACCCACAGAUUUUCUGAAAUGGCCAUUUUAAAAUCACCAAUCCUGGAAUAGGAGUAUAGCUCAGUGGUAGAGCACUUGCCUAGCAUGCAUGAGGCCCUGGGUUUGAGGCCCAGCACUACCCCAAAACAACAAAAAUUGACUAAUCCCUUGCUCAUAUAUCUUAAUGGAUGCUUGUCUUUAGCCAGACUGAUGUAAUUAUUACUCUAUGGCACACUCUCCUGCCUCCAACUUGGAAGCCAUCUCUCUUCUUUUCUUUCUGGAAUUCUUACGUGUCCUCGAAAAAUAGUGAAUACAACUUUGGCAUUAGGCACUUGAAGGGAUACUUGGAGUGAGUAGAUAUGAGGUGGAAUUGUGGAAUAAUGCUAAAAUAUUUUUCUCUCUCCCAUCCCACCUGCUUAGGAGCAUCCUUAGCUUUAUCUUUGAGCAACUCUCUGCACUUUUCUGGCCUGCUUUUUCAGUAUUUAUAAAAUUAGACCUUCGGCUUGAUCUCUGUGAUCAAUAAAUAUUCACUCUGUGCCUUA